UUGGACGAUUCAAGGGAGUCGCAAAACAAGACUUGCAACAAGUGGCUUUGAUACAAUCUUGCAACUAUGGCUGUCUCUUGUGGUUUAAAAACUCUGGGAUAAUUUCACGCUGAUAUCCAACGUCUCCACUGUUUCCCAGUCGCUGCAGUUUAAGUCCGAGUCCAGGACUUUUGGCUGGUCUUACGUCCGAGAUCCCGAUGGAGUCGUACCGCGUGGGAGCUGCCCCCGGGCCCACCCUGCAGCCAGUGUACCCCCCCCAGGUGCCCCGUGGAGCUAAGGGCCAAGCCAACGGCAGCUACGGCCUCAGCAUCCGCGUCCAGGGCAUCGAUGGCCACCCCUACGUGGUCCUCAACAACCAGGACCGCCCGUCCAACCCGUACCCACCCAGCAACGGCCACCACGACCCCGAGGGCUCCUUCAUCGAUGACUACCAGGAGUACGACUUCCGCGGGCCCAGCCCGUUCGUGGAGUUCCGCUCGCAGAACCCAGCCGGCGCCGGUACCAGUGGGCCCCCCGCGAUGGGCCUGAAGGAGAACCAGGACCCGCAGCAGGCGGCCCGGAGGAGCCCCAACCUGCUCAACUUCCAGAAGCACCCGGAGCUGCUCAAGCCCUACGACCCAGACAGCAACACGCUGGAGGCCUUCCGCAGCCCCCCCACGCGCCCUCAGGGGGCGCCGCUACCCGACAGCGCUGUGCCCACCGCUGCCCACACCGGGUCCUCCAGCCUGGAGAGGCCACGCACGCCCACUGGGCAGCAGGUGCCCAAGAUGCCCGCUCCGUCUCAGGCCCAAACCUACCCCAGGCCGUACCUGUCCAAGAGCUCCACACAGGGGCCGCCUCAGAGCCAGAACCAGGCCCAUCCCGCAGUCCAGUCUCAGGUCAAGCCCAAAGCACAGCCCCAAACACCAGCUCCAGCUCCUGCCCCAGUUCCUGCCCCUGCUCACCCCCCCCAGACUAAACUGACCCCAGCUCCGCGCGUUCCGCUGCCCAAGGCUGCCCCCACCAGCGACCCUGCCCCCACCGCGCCAGCGGGCAGCGCCUCUUGCGUCCAGACGCUCUCCCAGCGUGGCCAGCAGUGCCAACUCCAGCCUGGAGCGCGCCUCCGGUGCCGGUUCCGUCUCCACUGGGAGUCCGGGUCGUGCCCGCGACCCGACGUCCUGCCUCUGCGGCGAGUGGACUCCAGCGGGCCGGUCCUGCAGUCGACGUCAUCGUUCGCCCCCCGGUCCCGCAACUCGUCCACCUCCUCCACAGCGACCAGCAGCUCGGCGACCGCAUCCCGCACUCUGUCGCCGGGACGUCCGCCGUCAGACGAGCUGGAGGCGCUCUACGCCGAGUCCAUCAACCGCCACAAGAACCGGCGUUACAUCCCCUUCCUGCCCGGCACUGGCCGAGACAUCGACACCGGACCGCUGCCCGCCGUGGAUGCGCUCAUCAGCCACUUCGACGGGACGGGCACUGGGACCCAGCGGCGGGGCCGCUCGGGCCGGCGUGGACGGAUCGACCCGGAGGACCGCAAGCGCUCGCGGAGCGUGGACAGCGCUCUGCCCUUUGGUCUGUCCAGCGGCGGAGACUACCUGGAGCAGGUGAGUCGUGACCGGGGCCGCUCGGGGGAGCACGUGCUGCGUCCGUCCCAGCUGGGGCUGAAGAAGGGGUCGGGAGGGUGCGGCGUGUCCCCCACCCUGACCCUCCCCGCGGGACGCCGCGCAUCUGCCAGGGACCCUCCGCGGGGGAGCAGCGCUCCAGGGUCGCCCCAGGGCUCUCUGCCCAGGAAAGAGGCCUCUGCACUGGGCUUUGGCAGACUGGAGACCAGGUCCUCAGGGCUACCCCAGGAGGAAGGCCAGGCAGAGGCAGGGUCAAAGGUCAAGACCAGCAUCGCCACAACGUCUCUGUCCAGACCGAACUCCAGGACCAGCAGCAGCCCCAAGGCCAAGGGACCAGAGUUAGAGGCACAGGUUACCCCUGACCUACUGAAAGGUCAGCAGAACGUGGCCCAGCAGACUCAUGAGGAGACCGCCAAACAGAUCCUCUUCAGCUACCUGAAGGCCGGGAGCAACGAUAACGAUGACACGACCAAGAGAAAGGUCAACCUGGUGUUUGAGAAGAUUCAGACCCUCAAGUCACGGGCUGCAGGGAGCGCCGAAACCACGGUUCCUGACCAGGCGAAGGCUCUGGAGGAGCAGAAAGUGGAGCUGGAGAAGCAGGUGUCUGACCUGAAGGCCCGUCUGGAGGAGGAGACCAAGGUACACACACACAGCAGCGUGGCGGUGGCUCGUGAGCGUGCGGAGGUGGACGCGGCACGCGGGGCGGCCGAGGGCCAGGUGGGGCGGCUAUCCCAGGAGGCCGAGCGGCUGCGUCGGCGCGUGCAGGAGCUGGAGAACGAGGUGGCCAAACUCAACCGCAUCAUUGACGAGGCCAAGCUGCAGGAGAACCGCCUGGCUGAGAGACUGGGACGACUGGAGAAAGAGAAGAAGUUGGUGGAGGAGGCCCUGGCUGAAGUGAGAGAGGAGGAGGAGGAAAUGUCCAGGGCCAACAGAGCACUGACCACCCGUCUGGAGGACGUGCAGAGGAACCUAAGUCGUCUGACGGUGGAGCACCGUGAGCUGGAGGAGCGUCUGAGGGAGGAGCGCAGCCAGAAGGAGCAGUUCAAGAGCACCAAGAACCAGAUCGAGGAGGAGAGACGCUUACUGGACCGCACCGUGGAGAAACUACAGAGAGAGAUGAAUGAGAUUGUGGAGGCGUCUCAGAGCUCUACCCAAGAACUGCAGGAUCAGAUCGACGCGUACAAGGAGAAGAACCGGAGAGAACUGACGGAACUUCAGAGGCAGCUGAGAGAGAGAACCGCAGAACUGGAACAGUCACGGCAAACAGCCAAGACCCUGCAGGAAGAGGCGAUCCAUCUGGCAGAGGACCUGCGCGAGUGUAAGCGUGAGCGUGACGACUCUGUGCAGCAGGCGAAGGAGUUGGAGCGCAAAGUGUUUGACCUGGAGGUGGAGGCCGACACACGCCACCAGACCAAAGACGACAAGACCAGACAAAUCAAAAUGCUGGAGGAGCGUAUAAGUCAGCUGGAGAUGGAUCUGGAUGAGGAAAGGCAGAGUGGAGAUCAGCUGAUGGACAGGAUAGACCGAGGAAGAGAACAGGUGGAGCAGAUGAGGAGUGAACUCUUGCAUGAGAGAUCCGGCCGACAGGACCUGGAGUGUGACAAGAUGGCUCUAGAGAGACAGAAUAAGGACCUGAAGAGUCGUGUGGCCCACCUGGAGGGCUCCCAGAAGUCAAAUAAGGAGGGCCUAGUCUCCCAACUGGAGGCCCGUAUCCAGGAGCUGGAGGAGAGACUGGAGGGAGAGGAGAGGGAGAGGGCCAAUCUGCAGAUGGCCAAUCGCAGACUGGAGAGAAAGGUGAAGGAGAUGAUGAUGCAGGUGGAUGAUGAACACAACUCACUACAGGACCAGAAAGACCAGCUGAACCUACGUCUGAAGGCUCUGAAGCGUCAGAUGGACGAGGCGGAGGAGGAGAUUGACCGCCUGGAGCAUGGCAAGAAGAAGCUGCAGAGAGACCUGGACGAACAGCAGGAGGCCAACGAACAGCUGCAGAGCCAGCUCAAGGCCCUCAGGAGUGAGAUGAGGCGUAAGACCAAUUCGGCUCCCAUCCUCAACACAGACCUGGACGAUGACGAUGAUGAUGACAUCAGUACUGACGGAGAAACCUACUUCAGCUCGUCGUCCGGCUACAAGCGCUCUAGCAGUCAAGACAACAUCAUCUCAACUUACACACUGUAACACACACACACACACACACACACAAACACUGUAACACACACACACACACA